GGUUUCAAGGGUUUUAUUUUAUCGCAUACAAGAACUGUUGCAGCGGCCGCCAUGGUUCUCAAGACUGAGCUCUGCCGAUUCAGUGGCCAGAAGAUUUAUCCUGGCAGGGGUAUUAGGUUCAUUCGAUCUGACUCUCAGGUCUUUUUGUUUGCAAAUUCCAAAUGCAAGAGGUACUUCCACAAUAAGCUGAAGCCCUCAAAGCUCACAUGGACUGCCAUGUUCCGAAAGCAACAUAAGAAGGACAUUGCUCAAGAAGCAGUGAGGAAGAGGCGUCGUGCCACCAAGAAGCCUUACUCUAGGGCUAUUGUGGGAGCCACCUUGGAAGUUAUUCAGAAGAAGAGAAGCGAAAAACCUGAAGUUCGUGAUGCUGCUAGGGAGGCAGCUCUUCGGGAAAUCAAGGAACGGAUCAAGAAAACCAAGGACGAGAAGAAGGCAAAGAAAGCUGAGGUAAUAUCCAAACAAAAGACCCAAGGCAAGGGCGGCAAUGUGGCUAAAGGAGGUAAGGGACCUAAGCUCGGAGGUGGUGGUGGAAAGCGUUAAAGUUCCAUUUCUGUUUCCUGCUUUAUUAGGCUUAACCUGCUUAGGUAAACUUUUGAAUAUUUUGUACCUGUGAUGUCGAUUCUCUUGAGGCAUACCUUUCACUCAGAUGUUUGUUACCAUUCACAAUUUCAAAUAUGAAACACCUUCUAUUUACAU